UAUUUCUAGGCACUAGAGGAAACAAGUGUUCCUGAUUUACCUGCAUUCCCAACCAUGAGACAAAAUAUAGGGAAGAAUGGAAGGAAAGAGUUUUUGUCAAUCUCAACCUUAUCAGAGAAUAAGACCAGAACUAGAAGAAUAUCAGGAACUAGUACUGAGGAUCAGAGCUUGAAUGAGGACGGACCGAAAGAUAUUUCUUCUCCAUCCAAACGACCUGGAAUCUUUAGGCAAUCUAACAGUGGUUCUAUUCAAUUACCUACAAGACCGGACGAAAAUGCUCAGUUGAUCCGAGACUCCUCCGGAAAAGGAAGUAAUAAAUUUGCAUCCAUCUCAGCGAAGAUCAAAGCAAAGCAGCUCGCCAGAGCCGCUCUUCUUAGCCAGAAACAAUCAGGAGAAAGUGAACGGGAGAAACAUGUUCCUGAUUCAUCAUCCGUCCAGUCUACUCCAGAACCCAGUAAACCUGAUGUAGAAUCAGCAGUGUCUCCUAGAAAAGAAAUUAUCUCUGAUCCUGUUGAACCUGUUCCUGCCGGAGACCAGGUUCUUGUGGUUGGCGAAGAUCAGGUUGGAGAGGAAGUAGAAGAUGAACAGAUCUACUAUAUGUUGGUAGAUGAUGGAUCUCAGCUGGAGAAUCAAACUAUAUUAAUUGAUGAAUCCCAGUUAUCCAGGGCAGGAGGACAUCAUGCUCUGCUCCAGGGCGGGUUAUCUGGUCCCAUCUUGGUGCAGAGUGGAGCUGACGGCGAGAUAGUUCUUCAGUCUGGAGCAGGAUCUAGAGCUGUACUCCUACAGAACGCUAAUGGAGAACUUGUUAACUUCGUCGUCGCAGAUGAAAAGGAUCUACCCGGAGCAGUUGUGACCUCAGCGGAUACUACAGGAGGGAUUGCAACCCUUCCUGCUCAUCCAUCCUCAACACUUCACUCACAGGUUCCACUCAUUUCCACUCCUUCAUGUCAACAACCCAUCAUGGUCACAUCAACUAAACUCUGUGACAAGUAAACAAUUAAAGUCGAACGGGGAACUGUUAAAUCAUGAAUAUUAAUAAUACUCUGUUAUAAAUACUUGUUUUUCUAUCUUUUUGGUCCGAGUUUGUCUAGGAGAUAUUUUUUUAUUGUAAAACUUUUUUCUGAUUCUAGAUUUGUUGUCAAUGGUUUCAAAACUUAAGUUAUUCUAUGCCUGAAAGCAAUGCAUUCUUUAGGUUUUCAUCGUGUGUACUUGAUUAAACAAUUUUAUUUAAAUUCUUAUUUUUCCAACUCCUUCCCUUAAAGGGAUUAAUAAACUUUUUUAAUUGACUCUUUUGUUUACAAAGUGUCGUUUCACCUCAAAAUUGUUUUAUUUAGUCCCUUAAAUUAUAAGUUUCGAAGGAACUUGUUCUAUAUCAUUAAUGAGAUCGACUUCUAAUCAAAUGGGGCUUAUACGUGAGGGGAGGGGGGCUUAGCCCCCCCCCCCCCCGGCGGG